AGUUUUGGUCGCGUUAGUGCGUUCUGAGAAUCCGUCUGUGGUGUUUGUGGACAAAAAGUGGACAAAAAACAGAGUAGUGCAAACUUGCUCCCACCUUCUGGUGGACCUCCAACCAAAAUCAAUUUACUCCACAAGUGCAGAGUGUCUGCGUUUCACGAAGCGUCGGGUGUUAACUAUUGGAAUUGCAUUUGAUCUGUCAGAUUGGAAAAAAAGUUUUUCCCCGAAGUGUGUCUCCCGCAUUUGUGCAGUGAUAUUACUGCGUAGUUUGUAGAAAGUGUCUUCAUUUCGCCAUCACUCUUAAGUCAGCCAUUUAUACACAGUCUUUCUGCUGUCCGUGCGAUUAAUUUCCGUUCUUGGAAUAUUUACUUUACGUGUUCAUACUUCCGUGGAACCGUGCAUCUAGAGGAAACCAUGGUGGUGACUUAGUAUUAGCGAGUAAAAGUGAGGAAGCUGUAAAAAGAGAUAAGGAAAAAGAAAUUGGAUUACCAUAUAAAUGCCGUGCUAAGAUAAGAAGGACCACGUUUCCCUCUCAUCCAACUUUCGUCUUGCAACCAGAAAUUUCAAUUUGGUGGAUAUUAUCAGCCCAACGUUCUGAGCAUACGUGAGUGGCUGAUUAACUUUUGCCGUUGUUUGUAAAGUGUGUGUGAACGGAACAGUGGAAAGAGGCGAAUGAUGAAAGAGUGACCAAAGAAGAUUUUUUUCCGACAGUGCUGUGCAUACAAUUUGAAGAGCACAAAAAGGUGUCGAGCAAAAAAGAUCCGACAUACCAGUAAUUUACACGGAAUGGAAGAAAACGAAUCGAGUAUAAAAUGACGUAAAACAUCUUCUAACUUUUGCCGUUUCAAGGCAUGUUGGGUACAACUGGAGGGCGUUUUAUGGGGCCAUCUGGGUCGUCGCAUACACGAGGAAGUAUUUGGCCACCAACCACGGGACGUUCAUUAGAGUUACAAUCAAAUGGUGGCGAAGUUGCGGAAUCCCUAUUUGCAACUGGACGUUACAACACACCACCGCAUAAUUCAACAUUCAUACCAGUUGCACCAUUAGAAUUGGUCGCCAAGAACUUUCACUCGGGAACUGUAGCAUUCAGUCAAGCAAACAGCAGCAUAUUCGUGCAAUCGCAAACAGACUUCCUGAGCACUGGAACGUCAGUGUCAAAGAAGACAUGCAUAGGUCGCUGGGAGCAUGGUUCAUCUGCUGUGGAGCCACUUCAAAUUCAGGUGCCACCAUUGCCUCCCGUGGGGAGCUUCUCCAUUAAGUCUGAAGUCAUCAGUGGUGAAUGUUCACGAAAUCACAAAUCAGAUGGAGUCAGUCACUUUGCUUCCUCCAUGGAAGCUGCUGUCUCCUCACCAUGUGCAGUAUCAUAUAAAUCACUAUCACCAGUAGUUACGACAGUGUCAUCUACCGCAUCUAGCAGUGAUUUAAGUUCCGGCUGUAGUCGUACUUUGCCAAUUUCAUGGACAACAUCCCUAUCAUCUGUCCAUUCGACAUCAUCGUCAUCUGUUGCAUCAGUCCGUGGAGCUUCUAGGCACAUUGGUGCAAGUACUAGCAAUACUUUGGUUCACAUUAAGCGCGAACCUUGUCAAGUGUCCGAAGUAACAACAUCCAACAAUAGUCUGGUCAAAAUUGAAUCAGCAUCACCGAAGAGCACGAUGGACAAUACGGUAACAAGUGGCCAACAUACUGCUGGCGCCAUUCCAGUAGGUAUCGCUGUGGCGAGACAGAGACUACAGGAACAUGUUAAUGCUCAACAACAACCCAAGGACAUAAACCGAUUUGGCAUCGGAUUGACAGACCUAGGUGCCGUCACACCAUCUCUCAGUCAAAAUAUGUUCUUCACAGGAACAAAUUCUAGCAUGAUCCCACUUUCAUCCGAAGCUGUAACAAUGGGUGUAUCCAGUGUGCAAAAUGCAGUGAGAACUCCACCUGCUCUCUGGCAGUAUCCUGCUCCCGUACCCAUGGAAUCCAUGCUACCUAUGCCAAUACCACCUGUUGGGUUUCAAUUAGUCCGAGAUCCGAGUACAGGACAGUUUCUCUUCCUACCAACGACAACCACAAUUGAGAAAAUAUGUAUUUCUUAUCUAGAACCAUUCCAACAAGCUGUGGUGUGGCCCUCGUACUCGCAAACUGCGGCCAUUCAACCACCCCAUGUUCUCAUACCACCGAUAGCUCAGCCCAUGCAUCAGCCACCCCCGCUGGCACCAUUGCAGCUUAUCGGCUCAGACUACUUGGCAGCAAGCACCACCCUUCACCAGCACACUCAAACGCAUAGUACAAGGCUGGUUGCGCUCACAUCUGAUCCGGUGAAGAGGAAGGCUGGGGUAAACCAUCCACCACAGGGCAUCCCACUUCCGAUUCCGUCUCAUACGCUCAUAAAAAUUGAAGAUUGCGCGGGAACUAGUACCAGUUGCUCAAGCGCUUCUACUGCUCCUUUUGAUCCCGCUGUCUUUGACGCCUCUUCGAACAAAUCGACAGCUCUUCACACCUCUUCCGUUGGAACCGAAUUGACUCCCAGUCUUUCUCAACUGUACUAUCCAUCGAACAAUCUUGUCCAAAUUGCGUCUGCAAGCGCCUCUACCGACGACUGUCGGACAAAUAUACCACAGAUGAUAACGCCUCCACCUUCUGCGGUUUGUCUCACACCAAUUGAGGAAGAACCUCUUCAGCUGGUUAACGUACCUCCGGAAUUAGACGAACCACAGUGUACAGUGCCCGAAGUUCAGGAUGCAAACAUCCAGACCGAUACUCCAGUGAUGAGUGAAGAUGACAACACGUCUGGCGGAGAUGAUUGUCCCUUAAUAGUAAGCACAACCACUAGCGAAAAUCCUAAGGAAUCUAUCGUGUGUCAUACAAUCACCGAGGGCUUAACCAACGGCCGUUUGUCUAUUUUUGAAGACACUGUUCUGCCCCCAAAAGACAGCCUGGAAAUGGUGUCUAUACCGGCAGAUAAUACUUCCUUGGCAGUUAUGCAAAAUGAUAGUGAGACAUCCAAGAAUGCAUCUGGAACAACAUCUAUGACUCCUGUGGACCUAAGCGGUCUAGAGUUACUUUCAAACUCUAUAGAAGCAUUCGAAAAAAAGACAUUGAAAAUUAAGAAGGAACCCAUAAGUGCAGAAACAUCUCCUAAGACAAUUCCUCCCACAAUAUCACCAACAGAUGUCAGCAAUGUAGAAAGAGAGGAAUCAUUCGAUGGACUCAAUCUACUGUGUGCUUUGGCAGAGCAAAGACUCGAGGAGGUGGGAAAGCGCCGCAAGUCGAGUUCAGACGAUUCACGGAAACGAAAAUCUCAAAAACACUCCAAUGACAACAAUAGAUCUCGACGACGAUCAAUGCACGAGAAGGACUGCAAUGAAAAAUCAUAUAAAAAGCGAAAACUGGAGUCUGAUGAGACAGAACGAGAUGAAGAAGAAGAUGGGGAAAAUAGUAGUACUUUGAGAAAGGACAUAAAAGAAACUUUAAACCGUGUGAAGGCAAAGUAUACAAGACUAUCUUGCAAACAGUCCGAUGAAGAUCAUCAGCAUACACCUGAGUGCAGAGGAAAAAUCAUAUGGCCAUCAAAUGCAGAACUUUUGCAUGCGAUGGAGGAUGAUAUGCUAAACCGUUUGCAGGACAUCACACGAAAGUGUGAAGAAAAACGUAGAGAGUUGGACAAAAUAGAAAAGCUUAAUCCAGUUCUCAGAAAUCUGCACCAAAACAAAAUUCUUUCUGAUGGUGAAAUAACACCACCUAGAAUUGCAACUCCUUUGUCGUCUGACAGCAAGUCCAGAAACUCAUUUAUAGGUACACCUAUGGUGGUAUUAUCUCCAAGUUUUUCAUCUUCUCAGUCAGAAAGCACUCUGAUUGAGCUUCCUAAGCUUUCCAGUGACACCGAAUCUAGCAAGUUUGAAGAUGUGGAGACUAACUACAUUGAGAAGCUCUCCAAAAGGAAAGGUGGAAUACCGAGAAAACACGAUGACGCUGCUGAGACCGAGACAAUAGUAGCAAAGAAGCCGAAAAGCCUCGUAGGAUAUAUCUUGGCAUCAAAGAAUCGAGUUAGUAAUAAGAAUAUUAAGGGACUGAGGUACAAAAGUAAUGACUCCACAGAUGCCAACAAUCUCAAAAGCAAUACUGACAGUACGGGAUUCUCUACGACUGAUGAGGACAGUUCUGGAAAAGUACCUCUUCGUCUAAAGAUGGAAUCAAUAUAUGUUAAGCAAGAAACAGAUAUUCUUGAGGACGACAGUUCUAAACGAUCCGACUCUUCGGCACAAGGCAGUGAAACUGGCACUCCGUCACCAGAACGAAAAUCUCAUCACAAAUCCAAGCACCAUUCUAAGCAUAAGAAGACAUCUCGAAGCAAAGACCGAAAGCACAGGCGAUCAUCAGAGUUGAGAGAGCGCAAGCGAAGAAUUGAUACCAAAUGUCUCCUCACAGGAGAACAUUUGGAUAAGGCAAAUACUCGCGUUCUUACAGCCAUGGGUGGACUUUUCUACGCUGGUUGUUUAAAUCCUAUAAAGCCACCUGACAUAUAUGCUGUGACUCUAGAUGGCGAACGAGGCAAUCGCCCUCAUAUCAUGUCGCGCGAAGAAAUUCUUCGUGAUGCAAUCCUUGAGGUAGCUCCUGAAGCCACCAGUGACGUACAGACAGGAACACGCCUUUGCGCAUACUGGAGCCAACAAUAUCGAUGUCUCUAUCCUGGAACUGCAGCUGAACCAGGAACUCCUGACUCCAUUAUUGAUAGAAAAUUUGUGAGCGUAGAGUUUGACGAUGGAGACAGUGGAAGAAUUGCCCUAGAAGAUAUUCGUUUUCUAUUAAGUGAUUAUCCUAUUGUUGAAUAUGAUCGCAAUCCAUUGCUGUCGCUUGGUAAGAGGAAACGAAGCACAGGACACAGUAAUCAGGACCGUGAUGGAAGUCAUCACAGUACAGGAAUAUCUACUCUAAGUACAAAUAACCUUAAAAUCUCGCAGAGAGGUUUGGCUAGUAGUAGUAGCAAGUCUUGUAAGGAAGUUGAAAGGGAACGAAAGCGCCUAAAAAAGCUUCGUAAGAAUAAACUGAAGCGUUUAUCAUCAGAAACAAAUCAAGAUGAGGAACGUAAGCACCGCCGGAAAUACAAAUGUGUUGAUGAAAUCUGCAAACAUCGUAAGCACAAAAAGCGAAGAAAGCAUAAGAAACACCACCAUAGAGAUACUGAGCACUCAUCUCCAAACGAAGAUGAUGGUAUGGCAUUACGUGAGGAGAACAGUAUAUCGCCCACAACUUCAGUUGAUAUAUUGGUGACAAAGAGCAUCAGCGCCAAUUCCAAGCUGGAAAAAUUCAAUCCAAUGAUCAAAGAAGAAACCAUGACUGAAGAAGAGGUUGCCUCGUCGGUGACCGAAAGUUCUGUCUCUAUUUAUGAACCGGGCAGGAAGAAAGAACGGCAAGAUUCAAUGGAGCCAAAUAAGAGUAAAAUAGCAGCUUUUCUUCCAGCACGCCAACUGUGGACUUGGGUAGGCAAGGGUUAUAGACGAACAUGCGCCAAAGGCCGUGUAAAGAAGCAAUUUUUCAAAACAAUUCAGCGCGGAAAGGAGUCUAUUCACGUGGGCGAUAGUGCUGUUUUUCUCUCUACUGGUCGUCCAGACCGACCCUAUAUCGGCCGUAUCGAAUCUAUGUGGGAGACCUCAGCUAGCAACAUGGUAGUGCGUGUAAAAUGGUUUUAUCAUCCUGAAGAAACCGAAGGAUGCCCUAAUCUGAAAUAUCCCGGCGCGCUUUUCGAAUCACCGCAUGAAGAUGAAAAUGACGUUCAAACUAUUUCCCAUAAAUGCGAAGUAUUAUCUAUUACGGGUUUCAACAAAAAAUACGGAAGUGACCCAAAACAUUAUCAGUUCAUUUACGACAACAAUGACACAUACUAUUUGGCUGGAUAUUAUGAUCCCACUGCGCUUACCAUGAAGAUGCAGCCAGACAUCCCUGUUCUGACUUCAAGUGAUAAAUCAUGCAAAUAAUUCGACUGCUUCGUUGCAAGGAGAAAAUCGUAUGUAUUGCUAGAUUUAAGAAAAUAUGAUUUUCAGAGUAUCCACAGGGUUUUUUUUAAAUAUGGGAAUAUUGUAGGAACAUAGCAAAUGAAUUUUUGCUACAUGAUUAUAGAUGAAAAAUGAGAUAUUUUUUAGAAUAAUAAUGUAUGUACAUUAUUAUUCUACUAUAGUGUACAACUAUAUAAUGUACACUAUUUAGUUAAUAUAUUAGGGCACAAAAUAAAUUAAAGUUGAGUGCAAUUUUAUAAGAAGAUUGGAAAAAGUAUUGUAUGUAAUAUACUUUUUUAAGAUAUAUAAGGUAAGAUUGAUAUCUGAUGUCACAGACUAAUUAGGGGACUGUCAUGCAAUAUUAUUAUAUUGAAUUGUAUUCAAUUAGUAUCUAUAAAUUAAAAUCAUUUAUUUUCUUUGCGAAAUUUCUUUCCUCAACACGCAUAUAAUAAUGAAUUUCAAGGUGAUACUCAUUUGGUGCUAUUAAUUUCAUAUUUUUGGAUAUACCUACUUAAUAUGCUUUUAGUCUUUCGUUUAUUCAACAUACCUUUAUUUACCUGUUGAAGUCCAUUAGCGGAGAAUCAAAAGAAACAAAUACUUUAAACGUGACAUUACAACACACAUAUUUAUGUGUAUUGUAUAAUAUAUUUUUUAACUAGUUAUACCGUCUUGUAAUCAAGUUUGAUAUAAAUAAUUUUGUAUUUCUACAAUUGCUAUAGAUAAAAAAUGUAUGCUUUUUAAUAUUGUGUACGUAUCUUUUCAGUAAUUUUUUGUAGUGUGUUUUAAAGUAUAAAUAUUUACCGCUUAAAUAGAAAUACACUAAAGAACAAAUUUAUUCUUCUAUGAAUAUUUCCGUACACUCAGCAAAUAUUAACAACAAAAAAACAAGGAACGACUUUAAGAAAUAUUUUAAAAUUUACCAUAAAAUAUGUAAUCGAAAUAAUAAGUAAAAUGUAAGUAAUCAUUUAAUUGUAUCAAAUGCAGUUAUGAGAAAACAUAUUGAUCUAUCACCCACUUAAUUUGAAAAUAAGAGUGAAAACUUUUUUGUAACUUUUAACUGAUACAAAAACUAUUAUAGCAUAAAAUUAUCUAGCACAAGAAAUAAUAUUGAUGACAAAAAAAUAUUAUAAAGAUUACAGAUUUAUAGGAUUAUGAUUAGGUAUUCAGACAAAUAAAAUUUUAUUUUGAACUGUUAGCGUACCAAACUUAACGAAAUAAGGAAAUUUUUCCUAGAAGUAUCUUUUUCGUAGAUAUAUCGACCCUGAGAAAAUUCUAGUUUUUUAAAAAUCAAAUAAAUAUUAGCGUAUACAAAAAUAAAGACGUGUAUAAAUAAUGGAUUUUUGUUUUGAGUACCAAAUAUUCCAUUUUUGGUUAGUUUAAAAUUCAGAUAGAUUCAUAGAAAGGUCUUAAUGGAGAUAAUGCACUAGUAUACCACCAGUCUCUUGAUACAUUUAUAUUAAAACUACA